CUGCGACCAACUCGUUCAGUGAUGGCGGAAGUGGUAUCUGCAGACGCCAACAUGAAGCAGUUCAACAGUGGAUUUGAGCGGAUGGAUGUGGAAAGGAGUCGUUUUCCAUACUGUAUCGUGUGGACUCCUAUCCCUGUAUUAUCAUGGCUCUUUCCUUUCAUUGGUCACAUGGGAAUUUGUACAUCAACUGGUGUAAUCCAGGACUUUGCUGGACCAUACUUUGUCUCGGAAGACAACAUGGCCUUUGGUAAACCAACAAAGUAUUGGAAACUUGACGUGGACAAAGUCUAUGCCAGUGGCCCUAAUGCUUGGGACACUGCAGUACAUGAAGCUUCAGAAGAAUAUAAACACAGAAUGCAUAACCUUUGCUGUGACAACUGUCAUUCACAUGUGGCCAUGGCCCUGAAUCUGAUGCGCUAUGAUAACAGCACAUCCUGGAAUAUGGUCAAACUCUGCUUCCUGUCUCUUCUCUAUAGCAAAUACGUCAGCUUCGGAGGCUUUUUGAAAACCUGGCUCCCCUUUAUUCUACUCCUAGGGAUAAUCCUAACUGUUAGCCUUACACUGAACCUUCGAUGACGAGAAACAACAACUGCUUGUUAUAAGAAAAUAAAACUAUUGAAAAGCUGUUUAAAUGAAAGGCACAAUGUUUGUGCCUUCUCAAAAUGCAGGGUAUUCAUGUUGUUACAUAUCUUUAUAGUAAUACUAAAACAUUAUUGUCCUGAUUGAAUCACUUUUACAAGUUUAACAUCUUUAGUGGGAAAUAUAAUUUUCAAAUUACCAUAUAACUGAAAAUCGCCUUUAUUAAAAAAGUUGGCUGAAUGAAUUUUUUUUUCUAUAGUAACCCACUGAACAAUAUUUACACAUGACUGAUCAAAACUUUGAAAGAUGAAAGUGUAGCGCAUGUGUGAAAAAAUAAAUCGGUGAUUAUAUAUGUUUUUGUUAUAAUAGUAAAGAAUAAUUUUCUCUUUGAAAUGUUGAAACUUAUGUUGUCAGUUGAGAAGAACCCCAUUGAGAAUAUGCAGUAUAAGAAAGAGCAGCUGAUAAGUGGAGAAGUUGAAGAGACUGUGAAAACAGCAGGAGUGUCCCCCUACUGUGGACGUUUAAAAGUGCUCUUUGGGUUGAUAUAUUUAAUGUUGAUGUUUUAAAAACAAUUCUCCAUGGACAUUUUAAGCAUUUAAGCGCCUCAUUAAUAUCACAAAAUUUUGGAAAAAAAUAUUUUUCUAUAGAACUGGGAGGGUUGUAAAUUCUUUCUAUGCUUGGCUUCUUUAGUCCUAAAAAUACUGUCACUCUACAUUCACUGACGUUGGGACUAUUUAGAUUGUUAAAUCUUCUUUUUAAGUGCCAAAUUUGCAAUAAUUGUCAGGUGAAUACAGUUACUAUGAACUAUCAUGCCUUCAUUACCUGAGUUUUAAUUAGUUGAGAAUAGUUUGAAAACAAUGCAAAUUCUUUCUCUUUCUAAAAGAGAUUGCACAGCGAGAUUUCCCAGCCAGCUUUUGCUGUGAAAGCUAAAGCUGUUGCUAAGACACAGACCUGUUGAUGACAAAAUUAAUCUCUUUAUUGUUAUACUUCAAAGAAAACAUGACCUUCUUUCUUGCUGUGGAGCAGCCCAUAGCAGCAGGUACUUUUCUUAAGAUCUGGCAGAACUCUUGUCUUUGCUUUAGACUGUCGGCAAAUUUCAAAAGGUUUUGCAUCUUUUUCUCUUGGAGAAACCCUCUUGUUCUGAGUAAAAUCCCUUACAUAUUGCAUUUAAACAGAUUAGUAUCAUAAAUAACAGCUUAUGAGUUAAACCUCUUUUCUUUAAUCCAAUGAGAAUGAUAUGAGUCAUCUUGAGAUUUUUGGCAAUUUGUACCAGAAUUUGCAAUUGCUUACUUUAAUCCAUGUGGUUUAUUCAUGUAGUUUAUUUUACCACUUUUUCUUUUGAGAAUUAUGAAUAUUUGAGAAAUAAGCAGAAAUGUGUGAUGAAAUGAAUCAAAACAUUCUCUUACAAAAUUCUUUAAGAAGGAGAAAAGUAAAUGUAUAUUUUAACUUAAUUAUAUAUCAUGAGCAGUGCUAUUCAGGUUAGGUUAAAAGGUUCCUUGCAGAAACGUUUGCUUGUAUGUUGGAGAAUUCGUUGUAAAGUAGCGGCCAUGAAAUAGCGUUUUUAGGACAAAAUAUUUUCUUUCUUUCUUUCUCAUGAUACAGGACAUUUUAAAAUAACUAGUUGUACAUCAUUAAUUUAAGACCGCUGUAAUGGAUUAAACCUACAUGACGCUUGAGGCUAAUUGUGGGCUUUUUAGAUGCCUGAAAAGUCAAGAUACUCUGAAAGAACAAAAUAACAAACUGAUUCCUUGUGUACUUUGCCCGUCAGACACAUAUAUACACACAUUAUAAGUGAAGUUACUGCUCAUUCUAAGCAAUUAGAGAAAUUAAGAAAAUAGCUUAUAUUGAUGUCGUAUGACUGCCUUUCCAGGUGAGAAAUGUGGGUAAUUUUAACUCUCUGAAGAGUUCUAUUUCAGGUUUUGAAGAAAUCAAAAGUCAAGCAGUACAUAUAACACUGCCUUAAUAGAUAGAUAGACAGAUACUUUAUUAAUCCUAAGGGGAAAUUCACAUACUCCAGCAGCAGCAUACUCAUAAA